AUGAGCAACAAAUUCCUCGGCACCUGGAAGCUUGUCUCCAGCGAGCACUUUGAUGACUACAUGAGAGCUCUGGGUGUGGGGUUAGCCAACAGAAAAUUGGGAAACUUGGCUAAGCCCACUGUGGUCAUCAGCAAGAAGGGGGAUUAUAUCACCAUUAGAACUGAAAGCACCUUUAAAAACACAGAGAUUUCCUUCAAGUUGGGCCAGGAGUUUGACGAAACCACAGCUGACAACAGGAAAACCAAGAGCAUCGUGACGCUGGAGAGAGGUUCCCUGAAGCAAGUGCAGAAGUGGGAUGGUAAAGAGACAACCAUAAAGAGGAAGCUGCUGAAUGGGAAGAUGGUAGUGGAAUGUAUAAUGAAGGGUGUGGUCUCCACCAGAAUUUAUGAGAAAGUCUGA